CCACAAUCGGACCAUCGAACGACGGCCCACCAUCGGACGGCGGCGCACCAUCUGUGAACACUUUUCUGAUUUUAGUUUCGUUUUUAGCUUCCAAGCCGGUGCUUGCAGCCACAGCCGGGGAUAAGGUCCAUCUUCAGUGGUGAUUAUGGACAGUCAGAUUAUAAGCUUGAAUUGGAGGUGUAAUUUCUUGGUUCAACAACGUAGGACGCGGAAUUUUCGAACUUUGUGUGUUUCGAAGUCUGCUUCUUUUCAGACUUCUUAUUUUUCCGGAGGAAUUUUGGGUAGAGGCAUAAAGUGUUCAAUGAAGUCUUACAAAUUAUCUGAACUUAAUCAGGAUGCUGUCACUAGUCUAAAGGCUCGUCCUCGUAUUGAUUUUUCUUCAAUAUUUGGUGUGGUCCAGCCCAUUGUUGAUGAUGUUCGAAAAAGAGGCGAUGCUGCAGUUAGAGACUAUACUGCAAAGUUUGACAGAGCGGAACUCAACGAGAUUGUUGUUAGUGUCUCUGACCUGCCAGAGCCAGAGCUUGAUGCAGCUGUCAAAGAAGCCUUUGAUGUAGCUUAUGACAAUAUAUAUGCAUUUCAUGCUGCCCAGAUAUCAGUGGAAAAAAGUGUAGAAAAUAUGCCUGGGGUAAAAUGCAAACGAGUGGCAAGAAGCAUUGCUUCUGUUGGUCUCUACGUUCCUGGGGGAACUGCUGUUUUACCUUCAACAGCUUUGAUGCUCUCGAUUCCUGCUCAGAUUGCUGGUUGUGGUACUGUUGUUCUUGCAACACCUCCCAGUCAGGAUGGCAGCAUAUGCAAGGAGGUGCUCUAUUGUGCGAAGAAGGCUGGUGUGACUCACAUUCUUAAGGCAGGAGGAGCUCAGGCUAUCUCUGCUAUGGCUUGGGGGACAGAAUCUUGCCCUAAGGUUGAGAAAAUUUUUGGCCCUGGUAAUCAAUAUGUAACAGCUGCCAAAAUGAUUCUUCAAAAUAGUGAAGCGAUGAUCUCAAUUGACAUGCCUGCGGGCCCUUCAGAAGUUCUGGUUAUUGCUGAUAGAUAUGCCAGCCCAGUUCAUAUAGCGGCAGAUCUGCUUUCCCAGGCUGAGCAUGGCCCUGACAGUCAAGUAGUUCUUGUAAUUGCCGGUGAUGGUGUGGAUCUUAAAGCUAUUGAAGAAGAACUCAGCAAACAAUGUAAAAGUCUUCCAAGGGGAGAGUUUGCUUCAAAAGCCCUGAGCCAUAGUUUUACUGUGUUUGCUCGUGAUAUGGUUGAGGCAGUCUCCUUUUCAAACUUAUAUGCACCUGAGCAUUUAAUAAUUAAUGUCAAGGACGCAGAAAAGUGGGAGAGUUUCAUUCAGAAUGCAGGUUCUGUCUUCUUGGGGCCAUGGACUCCAGAAAGCGUGGGAGAUUAUGCAAGUGGGACAAAUCACGUUCUUCCAACCUAUGGUUAUGCACGGAUGUAUGGUGGAGUUUCGCUUGACUCGUUUUUAAAAUACAUGACAGUACAAUCUUUGACAGAGGAAGGUUUAAGAAAACUUGGCCCCUAUGUCGAAAAAAUGGCUGAAGUUGAGGGACUGGAUGCCCAUAAAAGAGCUGUAAGUCUUAGAUUGAAGGAUAUUGAAGCCAAGCAGAUCUCAACUUCAAGAAAUCAACAUGGACGGUAUUGCUCUGGCCACGAGCGUUAGAUGACCCUCAACUAUGUUGCCACCGAUGUAGUUCGGUAUGGAGUAGAAUACAAAGAUUGUGCACUCUUGUAGAUCGAUGGCAAGCAUAAGCUAGUGUUGUUUGAUGUUGAUUGGCCCAAAUACGAAGUCAACGUUCGUCCAUACUGGUUUGUAUUCUUUGUACUGUCUAAGCACAUAGUCAAGGAAAAAGUGGGAGUCCGCCAAAAUCUCAUGUGUGCUUCUUGAUCUAACCAACCUGCCACUUUGUCAUCCUCUAUUUCAAACCAUUUUCAACUUUUAUAUUUUUGGGGUUUUCAUA